GAAAGAGUAGAAAAGAAAGAGUACACCGUUUCCUUUUUAGCAGCUUUUAAUGUUAAAAAGAAUGUAAUACUCAGUCGCUGGGGGCAGAGCCCACUGCAGUGGGACCUCCCUCACUAAACUGCCGGGAUAUAUCUACUUCCCCCCUGAGCAAAGCAGGCGCCUUCUCGAAAGGACUGAGAGCCUUCCAACUCCUCCGGCGGCACAGGAAUAGCCAUGUCCACGGGGAAGAUCUGUUGCCUGGUGCUGCUGACCCUGGGGGUACUGGCGGUGGCAGUGACACUUGUGGUCAUCCUGACUCAGCCCAGGUGCGGUCCCCAGCAGUACCUGCACGGUGCCGUGGCUGCUGACACCGAGACCUGCUCCCUCAUCGGCCGGAACAUCCUGAAAAGUGGAGGCACAGCUGUGGAUGCUGCCAUUGCUGGCUUGAUCUGCACUUCAGUGAUGAACCCUCAGAGCUCAGGCCUGGGUGGUGGGGUCAUAUUUACCAUCUAUAAUGCCAGCACAGGAACAGUCGAGGUGAUCAACGCCCGUGAGACAGUCCCACGAGUGUUUCCUCACAACUUACUGUCUGGCUGUGGUCCUGGUUUCCCCAUUGGUCCCCGCUGGAUUGGUGUUCCUGGAGAACUCCGUGGGUAUGAGGAAGCCCAUAAGCGACACGGCCGCUUACCAUGGAAAGCCCUGUUUGAACCAACCAUCAAGCUCCUUUCAGAGCCACUUGUCAUUUCCCCAGUUCUGAACAAAAUACUCCAUCAUCCAGCCUUCUCUGGUGUGGGGAAAAGCCUGUGCCCACUGCUAUGUGAUGGUCAAAGAUUUCUGAAGCUUGGCGAGACCUUCCAGUGGCCAGCACUCCAGCAAACACUGCGAACUGUAGCAGAACACGGAGCUACAGUGUUUUAUGGGGGACAGAUAGGAGAGGCUCUGGUGGAGGACGUUAGGAAGGCUGGGUCCAGUCUCUCAAUGGAGGACCUUCGGGCAUACAGAGCAAAGGUGUCCUCAGCUCUGAACAUCACCCUGAACAACCACACCACGGUGUUCGCUCCAGGACCACCCAUGGGAGGUGCAGUGCUCAUGUUCAUCCUCAAGGUGUUGGAAGUGUAUAAAUUCCAUAAAGCGUCACUGGCAACACCUGAGGAGAAGGUAGAAACCUAUCAUCGCAUUGCAGAGGCCCUGAAGUUUGGCAACAUGCUAAGACACCACAUGAGUGACCCAGCCUUCUCUGAAGCUCAGGAGCCUGUGGAGACCAUGUUGUCUGACCAGUUUGCUGGGUUUGUGAGGCAGCAGAUAGAUACUCGUGGUGACCACCCACUCAGCCACUACAACCUGCUGGAGUCCCUCUACAACAACAACUACAAAAGUAUGGGCACAAGCCACAUCUCUGUGCUUGCUGCAGAUGGCAGUGCCGUGUCUGCCACCAGCACCAUCAACUACCCGUUUGGCUCCUUUGUGUAUUCUAACCAAACUGGGAUCAUUUUAAAUAAUGAACUUGCUGACUUCUGCAUAGCAAACAGAAGCAUUAAACCAGGAGAGAAGCCUCCCUCAGCAAUGGUGCCUUCCAUCCUCAUCUCCAGGUCAGGAGACAUGCUGGUGAUCGGAGGAGCCGGCGGGGGCUGGAUUAUCAGCGCUACCACCAUGGCAAUUAUAAACAAGCUGUGGUUUGGCUACGACUUGGAACACGCCAUUUCUGCUCCUGUCAUGCACACCCAGGGUGACAGUGUCCUGUUUGAGGAACCAUUCAGUAAGGAGGUUAGGACUGGCCUGCUGGGAAGAGGACAUAAAGAAAAGAAAGAUAAAUUUGCAAUGAAUGUUGUACAGGGAAUUUCCAAGGAAGGAAAAUGCAUCUCUGCUUACUCUGAUAAAAGGAAGCUGGGGAAGUCGGCUGGAUAUUAGCAUUUAAUGCCAUCACAAUUCACAAAGCCACAGGAGAUUCAGAACCUGCUUUGCUUGGACAUGCCCAUAAUUGCCUGUUCCCAUCGGAUGUCUCCUGGAGCAUGGGCAAAGCCUGUGAUUACAUCUAAUUCCAGCAGGCUGCAGGUUACCCUCAGGCAAUACAAGGAGAGGUCAGCCAGCCUUGUUUAGAGCUACACCUUCCAUUAUUUAUGUGAUACACAGAAAACAUAUUUCUUGAGCACAUCAGUUACUCAGAAUGAGAGAAUACAAAGCAGGAAAGGAAAAUUGGUCCAAGCCCCACCGAGAACACUGUGAAACGACCCAGCUGUGUCUUCCAUUCCUGACGGAGUCUCAGUUUCUUUCAGGCUGUUCCACAAUAAGCUUAUUGCUGGGGCUCAGCAAUGUGAAAUACGUAACUAUUUUAGCUAUGAACAAGAAUUUUCUGCAAGGUUGGGAUUUUAAAAUCUGAAUCAUUCAGGCUUAGAGCGUGGGUUUGGAAAGGGAAGAGAUCAAUAUUCCACACUCCCCCUUUCAGUUUUCCCAUCCAAAGAAGCCAAACAUUUUCCUAAGAAGGCAGAUGAAAUCACACCACAGCACAAGUGCUGCCCUGCCUGCUGCUCUCUGCCUUGGGAGUGCAAAGGACCCCACAGGCUCAGGGUAACUGCACCAACACUUCCUCCAGCCCUGCACACAGUGACUCUGAGAAUAGCCUCCCAUGGGGGGGAGGUGAUUUCCCUGCUCCUGGGACAGACAGGCUUCAGCUGAGCUCCCUGGAGGUGCCUCUCCCCGUGGUGAGAGGAGUCCCAGUCUGUGCUAGUUGUCCCUCCUCAAUGCCGGUACACCAGUCUUUGGGAAGGCAGGUCAGGACUGCAGUGGAAGUGCUGCUGUUUUUGGAAACUUUAGAACUUUCUUCAAACUGCAGAGGAUAUGUUAUCAGGAGAUGUCAUUUGUAGCCCUGAGCUCAGCCUGGCCAGGCAAACACCAGGACUGCUGAGAAGUGAUGCAGCACUAUCAGGCCUUAGCAGAAUUCUCCCAUAUCCUACACACAUGCUCCCAACCCCCAUUUACCACAGCUAGUCGCCAGUGUUCCCUUCAGACCACAAGGGGGUCAUUGUAGGACUCUAAGAACUAUCACAGAGAGAGAAAACUUUUGGAGAAGAGACCUGAACUCAUGCACCUGGAUGCAAAAGGUCUUUUGCAGUUAAUCCAUAACCUUGCCUUGCUCAAAAUGGCCAAGAGAAUCAAACAUUUAAGAAAGUAAAACGUAAAACCCAAAAAUCUCCCAAAUCUCUUCAAAUAUUCAGGGUCAAAUUCUCAGAAUCCUCUAAAAUUCCAUUUUCUGAAAGCUUACAAGCCUGAUUGCCCUAAGGGUACAGUGCUGUGUGUGUGUCUGAAAGAGAAUCAAACCAGAGCCAGGCACUAGCAGAGCCCUCCCCCUCAGCACAGAGCCCAUGGGACUCCUAGUCCACUAACAAAUACAAUCCCUCUGUAAACAUCAUAGCAAGCACACACUAUUAAAAAACACAAAUUAAAACGAGGACAGCUAGAUUAUACGCCAAUGUUUUUACCCACAAAGCCUGUCCAAUAAAGCCAUCAAUUUACUGAAAUCUCAGCCUUCACUUGCAUUUUAGUGAUGGUCUGAGUGAAGCUGACCAGAGCCAGACGUGUUUUCCUUCAGAAGUUAUACACCAAGGACUGUAGCACGAUCCCUGCUGCAUCAGUUAAUGAUUGCUGAGUUACCAGAUCGUAACCACAAGCACUUAAUCACGCAGCUGGAAAUCAAGUUACUCGUGCAUGGCGCCAGCUCCAUGCACUACCCCGCUCCCUCCUUGUCCAAACGGAAUUCAUCUUAAAUCCCCCAGUUCAGGAAGAACUGCUGGUUUCUCCAUCAGAGCUGCUCGCUCAGACUGUGAAAGUGGCCUGGCACCCUGUGAGGCAGCAUCACAGUGCUGCUGAAUGGGAAAGGAAACAGAACCAAAGGCUGAUGAGAGGCAGUUUUUAUGUUCACUUGGAAGGGGUUACAUUGACUAUGACUACCAAAGAAACCAAAUCUAUUUAAUUUGCUGAAGUUUUCCACCUUGAUUAAAUCCCUUGCCCCAGCUACCAGUUGCUGGGUGCAUCAGUUCUAGUGUCAAAAAUAACACCCGACUGAGAGCUGUGCAGGGGAAGCACUGACAGGCGCCAGACACCAUCUGCAGCUCACGCCACAGCACCAGACGCACAGACCAGAUCGGAUGCUGGCUUUGGCAAGAUCCAUAGUUAUUUCCAGCUAACCCCACUGAGCCGAGAAUUUUCAAUCAGCAACUGAGAGUGGCACUGGCUGGAGACAGGGAGAGUACUCCUGGCUUCCCUAUUAGGCUUCAGGACUACCUUCAGCAGCGCUCCGGCCCCCCUCCAUCAUACUUCCCUCCAGAAAACCAGAGUCAUCAAGUAACUAAGUCUUCCAUUACCUUUGCUUCAGACACACCUUAGGGUGAAGCAUCCUGCGGUACUCAGCCUAUCACCUUUCCAGUGCAGUAGUAUCACAGCUACUUCCCACCACAAAGACAUGGGAAUAUUAUCUUUAGUCCAGCACUCACUGCAGUUUAACUACUUUGCUAUUAACUUUGCAAGUGAGCCAGUGAGCAGUUUAAAAACCCAUCAGAGAUUUAAUUUGCAAGACAGAAAGGAAUGGGAAUGCAGAUCUUUCAGUGUGGCAGAGACUUCCAAUCCUGCAGUCGUCCCUAGCAGAACACCUGGUGAAGCUGAGAGAUUGUAUCUGCUUUGGCACCUCUGCUCUUGCCCUGCCACCUCCUCACUGCCACUGAAAUCUGCUUGGGUCAAGAGCCUCUCAGUUUGGUCUCUCCCCAUUCCUGCUCCUUCCAACAAGAGAGCAUUAUUUUUGUACUGAAAUCAGCUUACAUGGACUUUUAAAGCAUCAUUGUACAGAGGCUGCUCUAUUUUCUAAUGAAGUCUUUAAGUUAUACUUUUAAUAAAGUAUUUUAACACUUGUCUGUGAA